AUGAAAUAUAAUCACUAUCAAGAAAUAGUAGACUUUGCGGCUUUGGUGUAUGAUAUAAAUGAUUUUUACAAGUCAUCUGGUGUCAUUCUAGUAGCCAGUAGAGACAUUUUAAAUGAAAAUUGGGCCUGUCAAAAAAUAGCAUUGAACCUGAUAAAGCAAUUCUCAUAUCAUAGUAUUACAUCGAUAUACAUGGACAUUGAUUACUUUUCUUUCAAAAAUGUGAUGAAAUUAGAGUCUGAGAUUUCUCAAACUCCAUCUAAAGAACCUCUUAUUGUAUUGUACAUCGACGAAAAAAAGACACUGACUAAAUUUCAGUUUUUAAAAGGUCACGAAUUAUCUAUAUUUCCGUGGUUUGUAAUUUUUGGUAACAGAAUUAACAUUGACUGUAAAAACCCACAAGGAAAUCCAUUUAGUUUACAAAUGAACACAAGAAUGAUGGUUUUGUGCCAGAACCAUGUUUAUAUAAAAAAAUACUACGCGAUACUUGCUAACACGACUGAAGUUGUGGAUUUAGCAACGUGGAAGCCAGGAGAACACGUAGUUUUUCAAAACGAUGACAACUUAUUACAGGUGCGAAAGAACAUGAAAGGGAUCACUCUUCGCAUCGCAAAGCACAACCAUUCGUCCAUCGAACGUAAUAAAAAUGUCGAAGACUAUCUUGAAAAUGUUCUAAAAGCUCUUGAAAAUGUCAGUAAUUUUAAAACGGAUACAGUAAUUCAAACAGAUGCAUUAGGCCAUUUUCACAAUAAUCGUUGGACUGGUCUUGUGGGAACCUUGGCUUAUAAACAAGUGGAUCUGGCCUUGGCUUUAUUAAGUAUGUCGUCACAACGACAGAUCGAUAUAGACUUUCCAAUGCCUUUCUUUCAAACGCAGAUUAAAAUUUAUGCCAAAAAACCUAAAACAACGUCGAUUCAAUGGUCUGCAUUUUUUAAAGUAUUUCAUCUGCAGGCGUGGAUAGCACUUGCAUUAUUACUACUACUUAUAACUCUUCUAUUAACGCUGAUAAAGAGCUAUUUCAAAAACAAAUCAGUAACUAUGAACUUGUUUUUCGAAAAUUUGGUGAAUGUCUGGGGUAUAUAUUGCCAGCAAGGUUUAGCAGAGAAUCCGUUUAACAUACCGAUACAAGCAAUCUACUUAUCUGCGCUUGUACUGUCCUUAAUCGUCUUUUCAAUCUAUUCAGCUACAAUAACGAGUUAUAUCACUGUUCUAAAAACAAAUUUGCCAUUCUCUACAUAUGAAGAGUUUGUGGAAGACAAAAAUUACAAACUUGUUGUUCUGAAAGAUAGCAGAGAUCAAACUUUGAUGGAUAAAGGUGAUUGGUUAUUGAAACCUCUUAAAGAUCGUAUAAAAAAAUACGAAGAAUUACCUACUAAUCCAUACGAUGGUUUCGAGCAGGCUUGCGAAGAUAACGUAGCCUUCUAUUCCGAUGAAGUCAUGUUUGACGGGAUCAGCCUUAAUACAAAGUGUGUCUUGAAAUCACUAAAUAUGCCACGCAAAGAAAAUCAAGCUAUUGCUUUAGUAAAAAAUAGCCCAUAUACAGAAACAUUUAAUUAUUAG